ACGUGCCUCCGCGCCCGCGGCACCUUCGUGUCAUUUUCCUGCCGGCCCCAUGGAGGAAGUGGGAAAGUUGGCGCGGCCCCGCCGGACGCUGAGGACGCGGCGGCGGCGUGACAGAGGGACGCGGCGAGGAUGAGCUCCUUCCUCGAGUACCCCGUGCUCGGCGGCGAGGCGGGGGGCUGCGCCGCCCGCGCCUACCCCCCCGACCACGGGAUUACAACUUUCCAGCCCUGCGCCGUCGGCGCCGGCAGCUGCAGCGGGGAGGACCGCUUCCUCGUGGGCCGCGGCGUGCAGAUCAGCCCCCACCGCCACCACCACCCCCCGGGCCAGCCCGCCGCCUACCAGCCCCACGGCGCCCUGGGGGUCUCCUACUCGCACGCCGGCUGCGCUCCGACGUACGGCGCGCAGGGCUUCGGCGCCGCGUACGGCCCCUACCCGCUGGGGCAGGACGCGGAGCUGGGCGCCGGCUUCCCCCCCUGCGCGCCCGCCGUCUACUCGGGGAGCCUCUCCGCCGCCGCGCAGCACCCGCCGCCGGGCUACGCGGGGGGCCCCGCUCAGUACGUGCCCCCCCCCUACGGCCAGGAGCAGCAGAGCCUGCCGCUGGGCACCUACGGCCAUGCCCUGUCCCCUCUGCACGCCGGCCCCCAGGAGCACGCCCGCUCCCCGCCCGCCGACACCUCGCCGCCCGCGCAGACCUUCGACUGGAUGAAAGUGAAGAGAAACCCACCCAAAACAGGAAAGGCCGGCGAAUACGGCUUCGUGGGGCAGCCCAACACGGUCAGAACGAAUUUCACCACCAAGCAGCUCACGGAACUGGAGAAAGAGUUUCAUUUCAACAAGUACCUGACCAGGGCCAGGCGGGUGGAGAUUGCAGCCUCCCUGCAACUCAACGAGACGCAGGUCAAGAUCUGGUUCCAGAACCGGAGGAUGAAGCAGAAGAAGAGAGAGAAGGAGGGGCUGCUACCCAUCUCCCCCGCCACCCCCACGGGAUGCGAGGAGAAAGUGGAGGAGUCAUCGGAGAAGUCCUGCUCGUCGCCCUGCACUGCCUCGCCAGCCUCCUCUACCUCAGACACUCUUGCUACCUCAAACUGAGACGUGCCUGGUGCCCCCCGGCUCGGACCCCCGACUCCCGAGCCGCCUCCCUGCCGUAGCUCGAACCGAUUUAACGCUGUUGUGUGUGUGUGUUGGCUGGUUGGUCUCUCGCACAGCCCCAGUGCCCCGAGCGCCCGCCCCGUCGCAGGCAGUCGCCCGCCCCGCGCCCCGCGGCCCCCGGGCCUCGGGGCCGAGAGGACAAGCUCUGCCCGCUGCCCUGCUGCUGGAGGAGGUGCGCUGGCACGUGCGUAAGGGUCUCUCUCCUCCCUGGCAAGGACGUUUCUUUGAGUUUCCCCUGAGUGAAAGACAGGCUGUCUAGGGUACAUAACCUCACGAAGAGAUGCACUAUUGGAAGUGUUUACACGACGUAUAGGACUUUCAUCCUUUAAUUUAAUGUAUUCUUUGUUCGCGUCUAUGAGUUUGUUGCUUGUAAAUACUUUGUCCGAGAGAUUUAUCUUUCUACAGAUUUUUCUAGAAAUGACGUUUAGAUUAUCAGGUUAAGCAGGGUGGGUGCGUUCGCAAAACCGGAUCCGAUUUUAUAUUGUGAAAACAGACGACCGUAUCAAGUGAAACGUGUUAAACUCAAGCAGAUACCUCAAAGAGUAGCGCUACUUCUGUAAGUGUGACAAACAAGGCUUCAAUUGCACUAGGUUUUGUAAACCUUACCCGGUGUGCUUUCCCUUCCCGCCCCCCCCCCCCGCCACAAGUCUGUGCUGGACUGUGUUGGACCGAAGGGAAUAGCUGUCCCGAAGACCUCGCCUCUCCCUGUUUUCGUAUCGACCCUCCUUUAAACUCGGUGUCUUUUCAACCCAAUGGUAAAUGUGACGACUGGCCAAAUGAAUGUAUAUUUUAUGUGAUUGGUGUGUGGGAGUCUGCAUGAUGCACAGUGCUUUGCUGUACUGCGGCGCGCUGAGUCCGCCAGCCGCGGCGUGUGAGCGAGCUGCCUUCCUCCUCUCCUUACAAUCACCGCAGCCUCUGGGACUGCAGGAAUCCAGGGCAGAAUUUACGGGUCCUUAUAAUGUCUGUAAUAAAUAUAUUCAACUUUCAGGUA